AUCGCGGCGCAAUUUGUUGAUCUGACCAGCGGGUUUUUCCUCUUUUCCUCCCCCUUCCCCCUCGCAUAUGUUCCGAGCGCAAAACGCGUUUGAAAAAAAAAAAAGAAAAGAAGAAAGAGCUCGCACACCGUCGCGCAAGCGCAUGCCCGACGCUGCGUCUCGUCGCUCGCCGCCGUGUCUUUCUACUCCGCUCUCCCUCCCCCCGCACCUUCUGCGCCGAGAGUAUCCGUGCUCGUUUUACGUUUACCGAGGGUGCGUUAUCGGACCUUCGUACGCAUGCAGACCGCGAUAACGCUCGACGGAUUGUAAGAGGCUCCCUCGUCCGGAAACGCCGCAUCCUCGUCCCCACGAUUACAAUGGCAAAGAUGGCAACAACGUUAUCUCUGCUUACGGUGUACUUCGUUGUUACGACAUUCGCCCUGAAUAACGAGGAGCUGCUGGAACAAGAAUGCCCCGUGGAUUGUCACUGUCACUACUUUCGCAUCAACUGGGUGACGGACUGCUCGGACAGCAAUCUGACGACCAUCCCGUACGACGAGCUCAGCCACAAUGUCUAUAUUUUAGACAUGAAUGAUAACAAUAUUGCAGACAUCAGUCCGUUUCCAGACUCCAUUAAAUUGAGGCGUCUUCAGAUGGCACACAACCGAUUAACUGAGCUGACGUACGAAUCAUUUGCCGGGUUGACGUACCUUCUGGACGCAGACUUCUCGUAUAACGCCAUUACGCGGGUAGAUCCCGAAGCCUUCCGGGACAACCCGGGUCUAAUUACAUUGGAGCUCCAACACAAUCCCUUGGACGAGGUUGAGGAACCCUUCCUGAAUUGCCGCACGCUGCUGUAUCUCGAUUUGAAUUCAUGCGGUAUCCGCCACCUCAAUACGCGCUUCUUCUACAACACGACGAAUUUGAAUAAGCUCGACCUGUCGCACAAUCCUCUGCAAAGGAUAGAGCCGGGCCCCUUCGAUCAUCUGACGAAUUUGGAAUAUCUCAACCUGAACGGAUGCAAUUUAACCUACAUAUCGCCCGAGGCGUUUUCCCACCUGGAAAAUUUGCGACAAUUAGAGAUAGGGGACAAUAAAUUGAAGACGUUGAAUUGGAGGAGCGUUCUCACGCCGUUGGUACGCUUAGAACAUCUGGAUAUCCGCAACACCGGUAUCACGAAUCUACCGGGUGAUGCCUUCGCCAAGAACUUGUAUCUUGUACAGUUGGUUCUCGCGGACAACGAAUUGUGGCAUCUGGAUGUCGAGGAUACGCUCGGCCACAACUUGCACAGUCUACAAUCUUUAGACUUGUCGAAUUGCAAUUUGAAGGACCGCUUAUCCGAGGAAGCUUUCAGAAACGCAAGCAAGCUACGCGUACUCAAUCUGAGCGGUAAUCCAAUGUUCGCGAGCGAUGUAACUGCCGUUCUGCGUCAUCUACCAAAGCUUCAUAAGCUCUCCCUCAGCAAUUGUAGUCUUCAAAGAUUGCCAGAUGCCUUCGAUGUGUUUGAACACCUUGAGGAACUUGAUAUUUCCCAUAAUCCAUUAUCCGAUGCAUUCGUCAGUCUUCUCAAUCCGUUAAGCGCUUUGGAAUACCUAGAUAUGUCUUAUUGUGAUCUCGGUUAUGUUGGAAAUAACACUUUCGCGCAAAUGACCUUUCUGAAGCAGUUGAUUCUUUCGGGAAAUGAACUUCAUACGCUGGAAGAAGGAUUGUUUGCAAAUUUGACGCGCUUGGAAAGCCUAGAGCUCAACAAUUGCGACCUCAAGGUACCCCUUGAUCCAAAAGUCUUCGGUGACCGUCAAUUGACUGACAUAAUAGAGCUCAAACUUAGUGGCAAUCCGCUGAUCGUACCCGACGAGGGCUCGCUACUCCCAACGCAGCUCUCCAAUUUGGAGAUUCUGGACCUCAGCAACUGUGGCAUUUCGCAUUUGAACAAAAACAUAUUUGCCACAACGAACAAUCUCACUCAAUUGAAUCUUUCGGGGAACACGAUAUCUGGUGUGGAAAAUCUGAGCUGUCUGAAAAAAUUGCGUGGAUUAGAACAUCUAGACCUCAGUAAUAACAACCUACGAACGAUCAAUCCGAAAAUAUUCAAAUCAAAUCCACGCUUACUAUCGGUCAAUCUCAUGGGGAACCCAUUUGUCUGCAAUUGUUCUAUCGCGGAUACCUGGGAUUGGGCUUUACAGGAUAAAGGUGAUCUUCAUGUGCUUGUUGGCAGCCAACCGGCCAAUUUUGAAACCGGCUCCGUAAAACGAAGGAAGACUCUCUCCUGUGCCUACGACGAAGAAACGUAUCGAAACUUGAUAGAUGGCAGUCAGACAACCACGAGUCGCAAACAAACGCCUUCGCGUACUUGGGCUAAAUACGUUCGCGAAUCUAAUUGUAAUCGGCGUUUAUGAUAUGCGGUAAUCAACUAUCAACAUCCGAUGUUGGACGUCUACAACCGUAAGGUAUGUAGACGCAAACAGGAACUUUGAGCAAGUUCUAAACUACUAAAUGUCAUUGCAACAUCGUUAUAUCAACAAGCCAUAAAUUAAUAUAACAAUGUUAUAAAAUUUAUAUUUCCGUGGCAUUAUUUUUGUAGUCAUAGGAUUAAGGCAGACUUGUAAUAGUUUACAUAUUAGAAAGUAUUUCCGUAUUGAAACGUUACUAAGUCAAAAAAUACUCGGUUUUGUAUAUAUAUAUUGUUCUUUUUUUGUACAUAGUAUUAUAAUAAUUCUUGUUCUCUCUCACUCUCGUCGAUCAAACUACGUCUUCUAUUCAAUUCAACAAAUGCUUAGUCAAAUAUUAGAAUGGAUCAGCUGCCAAUGAUCGACGUUAAAUAGAGAAAGUUAAAAAGAGAUUCGAAAAGUCAGUGAGAAGUAAUUUACUAUAAUUAAAAUUUCACGUAUUUAUACAAAAUGUCAUAUUUCGCUAAAACAAACUCACAUUCUCAAAUAUAAAUUGAAUCAAGUAUUCCGCAUUUAAUUGAAAUUUGAAACAUCUCAUAUUUAUACAUUAGUUAGAUAAAUAGAAAAUCAAUUUUUUAUAACAACCGAAAAUAGUAAAUAUUUUUUUUGUGCAUUUAGUGACUGGUUACAUUGUAAUUGUAAAACUUUGAAACUGCUUGCGAGAUAUAGGCAUGAUUGAAGAUAAAUAAUAAAAUAAUAUGUUUAGUUAAUAAUUACACAACAGAUAAAACUUGCGAUAUGCGCUUGUAUCGAUAAUCACACAAGCGACUUGCAAUUGUGUGAUCUGUUUCUGUUAAAUACGAGUAGAUUGCAUUAAUUUAUUCAAUUUAAAUUUUUUUCACGUACAUUUUGAUCAAAUAUAUUAAAAAUAUAUAAUUAUUAAUUUCACAUUUGUUAGAAAUAAUAGAAUUUAUCAAUAACGUAAUAUUUAUACUUGCUUAAUUGUAGUACAAUGUACCGACAUAAAAAAAUUUUGCGUAAAAAAUAUUAUCAAAACUUUAAUUUAAUUAUAACGUUGACGAAAUGUAAUUUUACUUUAAAUUUAUUAUACAUAAGUUUUUGCAAUUAUAUGUUAACGGAUAAAGCGAACAAUUCGAUGACAUGUCAAAAAUCAACCAGAAAGAUCUGUUAUGAAAGGUACAUAGUCCAACUUUGCGAUUAACAAACGCGCAGUUACAUGCAGUUCACAUGUACACAUACAUAUGAACACAAUUGCGCCAUUGCAUCCUAUAGCGUGUGAGUAUGUGGCCAUGAAGACUAAAUGGUUUCCCCCUAUUUGAACUUCACAAUAGUCACGGAAAAUGCCUGAUUACCGCUAAAAGCUGAUAGACAACAGUACCUAUUUAUGACAUGGCAAAUGCAAUAGUUUUGUCUUGUAAUUUGCGGUUCGAAUUACUCCACGUAUCCUGUGGCUCUCUUAUUUUUAAGUUAAUUAAGUCAGCUUGUCCUACGUUAUAUAACAAGUGUUUACGAUAGAUUCGUGAUACGUGAAAUACACAAUUAUAAACAAAUCCGUAGGCUCUAUAAAACUGAUAUAGUUGAUCUUAUAAAAUUAUCUAGUGCAUUUGCAGAACUCGCUAUAUAGACUUAUAUUUAUUAAAUUCUGUAUUAUAAAUAUGCUAAUAUCUUUAAUUAGAAAGUUGUUCAGAAAUUGAUGAGGUGGGACCAAUUUUCAUACUAACCUCUUAAUAAAUUUUAGCAUUUUUUGUUAAAUU